UAUAUAUAUAUAUAUAUACAUACAUACUCUUACUAGAUAGAGUAGAAGGACAGAGGUCUGUACAAUAAUUUCAUUUAGAGAAUCUGGAAGUACAACACCAUGAUACUUAAAAAAGAAGACGACUCUCGAGUCUUUCUAGAGAACAAGAGAAAGAUGAAAUGGGUUGACAGAAAGUCUGGCCAUGACUGCUUCAUGUUGUUUCCAAGAUCACUCUACAUCACUUGGGGUGGUCAUGAAUACUGGUCUUGGAAUUGUUUCAAGGAAACUGGGGAAGAGAACAUAGAAGUAGCCAAAUUAAGUCAUGUGUGUUGGCUAGACGUAAGAGGGAAAUUCAACAUGGCUGAUCUGUCACCAGGAACUGCCUAUGAGGUUAUUUAUGUAGUGAAGUUGACCAAAGGAGCAUCAGGCUGGGAACUUCCCAUAACCCUGAAACUGUCACUUCCAAAUGGAGAAGUUCGUGAAAGGCAAGUUGUUUUGCUUCAGAAGCCAGUAGGUCAAUGGAUAGAGCUCAACGUAGGCAACUUCUUAACAAAGAAAGGAGAUAAAGGGGAAGUAUGCUUUGAUGUUUUUGAGCAUGGAGGACACUGGAAAAAUGGACUUAUUGUUAAAGGUGCCAUUCUCAGGCCAAAAUAUUGAUUCAAGAAUUUACUAGAAAUUAAUUAAAAUUAAAGAAUCCAUUUUUGUAUUGUUCUGUUUUUGAGAGAUGUACUGUGUGUGCUUUAAUGUUAAACUUGGUGACUUGGUGUGAGGUCUUGGUGUAAUAAUUUAUGUCUUCUUUCUUUUCUUUAAUAAUAACAACAGCACCUUUUUUUUAAGGAACUAAA